AUUGUCCGGCAUCACAUUUCCGGGGUUACUUCCUACCUGAGGUAAACAAAUGGACGCGGCGGCUGUUUGCGGCGAAAACAUGAGAAAUGUGAGCGACCAGCGCGAACUAAGCCCACUAAAAUGCCCGGAAAGAAAAAGAAAUAUAACGUUUGCUUCCCCCCGAGUCGCAUAAAGAAGAUCAUGCAGAAGGACCCAGAGGUGGGGAGGAUCGCCAAAGCUGUCCCUGUUGUCAUCUCUCGAGUGUUGGAGAUGUUUAUCAAGUCACUGUUGUUGAAAACCUGCCUCAUCACCGAGUCCAAGUCCAGCGGGACCAUGUCCGUCUCUCACAUGAUGCAGUGCAUCGAGUCCGAGUCCCUCUUCCACUUUCUCAAAGACUUGGCGGAGCAAGCUGUGCUGAAAGCUCAGAAGGACAACCGGAGCCAAAGUUUGUGGCCCCUUUACAGGUCAAAGCUGCACGAAAUUUCAGUGAAAAAGUCUUCGGACGUCGGCACGAGGCAAAGAAUGGACUCUCUGGAUCAGGACUCCAGCUCCAGUGAGGCGGAGCUCUUCAUCUGCCUUUGAUUUGUCAGGUGUGACUGCAAGCGUCUGCGUCUUUGAAGUCAUUUAAUUUCAUUAUUUCUGUUGGAGCGAAGUGUUGAAAUGUACAUAAGUCGUAAAUACGUUCUGUUCAAAGCAUUGAGAUUUAAUUUGGGAUUUUCUUUUUGACAAUGGAAAAAAUAAUUUACUAAUUUAGAUGAAUAUUAUAUAAAGAAGAUUGAACAAUUGUUUUUGUUUUAAAGGUACUUGUUGAUUGGACGUAUUGUUUAACUGGAUGCCCAGUACAUUUCCCCCCUCAAAUUGGAAGUGGUUUUCUUUCCAUCCUGGUACUUUGUGGUUUCUGUUUUGAGCGUUUUUAAAUUAAAUUAACGUUUUUUAAAACAGCAAACCUUUAAUGCCAAGAUUAAAGAGCAAAUUAAAACGAGAUGGAGCACAUACAUGGACUGCUUUAUUCCAAGAAACUAGUCUCUUGUUUACAGAAUGAAAUGAGGAAUAAAUAGAUUUGCAAUUGAGUUCAGCGUGUGUUAUCCGUCUGCUGCUCACCUGGUGACAGCUGCAGCGGAGGCGGGCGCUCGGAUGGUGAACGCACAUAAAUUAAUCAUUUGAAAUGAGAUAAACCAGUGAAUUUCUGCGGACAACGUCCAGCAGGUGACACGUACAGCAAAAGAAGACUUUAAAUUGUCGACAUCUCUUCCGUAACAACAGAAACAUUGAUUUUAUUAACGGUUAAUUCUGUCACUUAACGGAAGGACGACUCUCACUUUCAGUCCGACAAGGAUCAGUCCGUCCAGGCUGGGUCCAAAUUAUUGAAGGGAAAAAAAAAAAACUAAAAAAAAUUUAAAACCAUUCACUCAAAAACAUUUGAAUCUUCCACUGGAUCUCCUAAAUGAUAUCGUGCGGUGGGGAUGCAUGUGCCCGAAAGAUCAAGACAGUUAAAAAAGAGAAACCAAAACAGGCGAGCAGCUUCAGAAGAGGCUCGCUCCGUAGCCAAAAGUCUGUUUAAUAGCUUCAAAGUAGUAUCGCUUCCAGCCUUCUUUCGUCCUCUCCUCUUCGUUCUCGGGGACGCCGCGGAACUCCACCUUCAGCUCCGUGUCGCUGCCCCGGUCCACAAAGUUCAUGGUGAUGGCCGAGUAAUGCUCUGGAACGUAGUCGCAUCAGUGAAAUCAUCGUUCUUUCAACCAAAGAAAAACACUGUGGGAUAAAGAUUGACCGCCCGGUUUUGGUGCUGAAUUUAAGGUUAUCAAAAGAAAAUACUCCAAAAAGUGCACUACGACAGUACGGCAGCCAUGACAUGUAAAGCUAUAGUUUAUUUACUGCCUUGGAAAUAAAUAUUAUUUUGCAGGUAAAAACAUAGUUGCCUUGUUUUGUAUUUUGUAUAUUGUUUCAUUGUUUUUAAUUUAUAUUUGUUUAUCUGCAGUUAUAUUUUUAUGUAAAUCCUGCUCUGAUCAGGAUAGUUUUUUUUCCUUGUCAAUUUUUUCAACUUUCCGAAUGUCGCGCAGCCUUCUCCUGAGGAACCAGUCUCACUUUCAUGACCCCCGAAAACUCUGUCAAGUGCUGGUGCUUUAAAAACCGUCUUUAAUUUGUGGCAUUGAAGCCUAGUAACACAUUUUCACGUGCGUGUGCUUUCCAUGACAGAGUGAAAAAACUCAUGCUGCUGCCAAGUGAGCAGCGAGUAGGGAGGAGCACGUGAUUGUCAUUCACAUAUCACGCGUUAUCGGCCAAUCAUGAUCGCAGACCAAUUGGUCGUCGCAUCCCUAGUAUCCAAUAUUUUCGUGGAUAUGAAUGUGAAAUUUGCAUCUUCAGUUGAAGUCAUCGUUAAUGAGUUGUCUCAUGAACAAUACUGAUCUGACAGGAAGUACUGCCAGCAAAUCA